AUGUCGUCCCACCACCACGAAAAGAAGGCCCUCAAGCACCAGGACAAGGCCCGCAAGCACCAACACAAGGACAAGCACCACUCACAUUCCAAGCAUUCCCAUCACGACAAGCACCACCUGGGCACCGUCCUCGGCGCCACCACCCUGGCCCGCGAGGGCGCGCCCGUCGUCCACACCGCCGCCGUGCCCGUCGUGCCCGUCGUCCACACCGCCGCCGUGCCCGUCGUGCCGAUGCAGGGCCUGUCGCUGGCCGACCGCGUGGUGCACGAGCCCGAGCAGGUCAUCCGCCACGCGCCGUUGAUCGAGAAGGAGAUCGUCAACGAGCGCACGCUCGAGGUCAAGCGCGAGCACCACAUCCAGCCCAUCGUGCACGAGACCGAGCACCGCAUCCAGCCCAUCAUCAAAACAGAGGCCACCACCGAGCAGCCCGUCAUCGUGCAGGACCGCAACGUCAUGCUCGCGCCCGUGGUCGAGCGCGCCGCGCUGCCAGCCGGCCUCGAGGCUGUCGAGCGCGUGGCGCCGGAGGGAAUCAUCCACGCGCCCAAGGUGGAGACGCUGGUGGUCAACGAGCGGCCGGUCGAGAUCAACCACGAGCACCACAUCCAGCCGGUGAUCCACGAGCGGGUGCACCACAUCCAGCCGGUGAUCAAGACGGAGGUGACGACCGAGCAGCGGGUGAUCAACCAGGAGCACACCGUCAUGCUCCCGCCCAUCAUCGAACCCACCGCCACCGUCGCGGCCCAGGCUGGCGGGCUUCACUACGCGAAGCCGCUGACUCAAAUUCCAGUCGUCGGCCGCGCCCUGGCAACGGAGGAGCGACUGAUGGGCCACGGCCACCGCGGGACCACGCCGGCGAUGAGGGACGUGCCGCUGGCGGCGCGGGAGGGCGCGCUGGGCACGACGGCGGCGACGACGGUGCCGCACAAGCCGACGAUGGGCCAGAGGCUGAAGGGCGCCGUGAAGCAGCUGCAGGGCUCGAUCACGGGCAACGAGCUCAAGAAGGAGGAGGGCAAGCUCAUCUCCGAGGGCGUCGACCCCGCCACGGCCAGGGCCGCCACCACCUCCACCACCGCCCCCAUCCUCUAG